AUGCUUGCCUCGGGCUUCUUCUGCGCCCUCCUGUCCUGUGGUGCAUUGGGGAACUCCCUUGAUGCCGAGGGCCGUCUCACUUGGUGGCAAUGGCUCGGCUGGCCGAUGUUCACAGGACCCCAGGCGCUUCCUGAAGAGGAUGUCGUGUGCCCAACACUGGGAGGAUCCGUCGAGGAACGUCACGCAGAUGCACUGGAAGUGCUGCUCUCAGAGGAGCUUUGCCCCUUCGUCGUGGCAUUUUUUUCGAGUUCUUCACCUCUCUCGCAGUCUACAAAGCUUGCUCUGACGGAGCAGAGGCUCGCAAGCUCCUUUCCGACCUUGAGAUAUGUUCGAGUGGAGACUGAGCAGAUGAGCAUCCGUGCCUUCCUACAGUGGGACAUCAACUACUUGCCGACCUACGUGUUGUUUUGGCCCGCCAAUUCCACAAGCCCUUGGCAGAGAUGGCAGUCUGGGAAGAAUGCCAAUCCAUACGACUACCACGACGUCUCCGCAUGGAUGACCAAAGCCACAGGGCUGGUUCCCUCGAACAGCUCCCAAGCUGCAGCUGGGCCGGUGCCGCCGCGUGGGAAGAAUGCCUCCCUGAGCUUCGGCUGGUUUCUGGUCGCCCUGGCAGUGCUUCACCGGUUGGCAAACCAUGCCAGCGGCGCAAGCCAAGUGACCACAUAG